AUGUCUUUGUCUCAAUCACUCAAAGUAGACUGGCAUGAUGCGACAUGUCGCCAGCUUGAUUGUGCUCCUAUCGACGAUCACUGGGCAACAUGCCUGAGUUGCGGCUCAUCGGGCCUGAUGCCCUAUUCUCCGCCUACCCUCGCAACAGAAUCGUCCUUUCGAUUGCUCAGGCUUCUACCUGGUUGGCCAGAGGAUUCUCUACGAUGCAAAAUUCAUGUCAAAGAUCUGAAAGAUGAACCUAUCUUCAACGCCAUCUCCUAUACUUGGGCAGACGAAAAAGGAGAUGAUCGAAAGCUCGCGGAAAUAUUCAUAGAUGGCAAAGCAAUCAGUGUCACCAGAAAUUGUCAUGCUGCUUUACGGAGACUGCAACAAACGGACAUCGUCGCCUACAUAUGGAUUGAUGCCAUUUGCAUUGAUCAGGAAAAUGAUAUUGAGCGUGGCCACCAAGUCAAGCUCAUGCCCCAGAUAUACCAUCAGGCGCAAAAAGUCUUCAUCUAUGUCGGUGAGCACGAUGAUCUUAGUCUCGACAUGUUGAAGUACCUGGAUAUUCCCAGAGCACAGAAGCGCUCAAAAUACGGAUCGAAAGAUGACUCGUUUUUCUCUUCUAAGCAUGGAAGAGUGAUUUGGGCUGCACUGGAAGGACGGAAGUAUUUUACUCGUUUAUGGAUUCUCCAGGAAAUUGCUCUUGCCAGACAAGCCAUCGUACUCUGCGGCACCAGCUCCUUUCCAUGGAAAGACAUCACCGAUUGUUUCGCAGAUAAGUUCGAAUUGGCGCCAAAUCAACAGUUAGUUCUCGGAUUCAACCGGUCAAUAUAUACGAGGCCUGGUAUGGAGCUGCAUCUUCUCGAUGGCGGGAGACCAGCUUGCGCCAAAGACCCUAGAGAUAAAGUCUAUGGAUUACUAGGACUUUUACCCAGUCGACGCAUCGGCACUGUUGUCGCUGACUACACAAUAUCAGCACAGCAGUUGUACACAGAAGUGGCGGUCCAACUCGCCAAGAUCCAUGGAUGGCCGGCCGUAUUGGCGCGAGCUGGGUCGAAAUAUCAGUCUCUCAGCUCCUUGCCCUCCUGGGUACCAGAUUGGACCUGUGCGCCCACAAAGCUUACUGAAUAUUAUGCUCCUCCACCCCCUACAGCGCAGAGCAGCCAAAGCUCACUUCCAUUUAAAGAUAGGCUUCGCCUUGGUCUGAUUCCAUAUGACACUAAGGGGUCUGAAUGGAUCGUGCCGGACUUGCAGAAUGGCAGCAUCGGAACCUACAUAUUAAUCCCUCAGGAUCGAUUUUGGUCAGGGCUCCUGCACCCAAGUUCUGAUUAUUAUUCGAAGCAUCAGCGACUUCGUUUGACACUACAUAAGUCGCCAGACGGCUCUCGCAAUAUUUUAUACAAAGCAGUUUUUUCAGAAGAAAAAGAAAUGGUUCACAUACCCAUUGAACAAGGAUUUUUCGCGCCUAUGGGCCCACGCAUGCUGGUACCGUGA